CAAAAAAAGGAAAUCGGUAUAUAACGGUGUAUAUCAUCUUUGUAUUAGAUGCUUUCAUCCUUCUUCUCUUUAGCUUCCCUCUCAUAUCAGAACCAUGAACGAUCAUCGGUCUUAAUCAUAGCACGAAUCAUCUUCUUUCACAUCUAAUUUGGGAAGAGGGACAAAUGCGAAGAAAAAUGACCUCUAGAGUCGACUAUAUAACUGAUCUUCCUCAAAGUAUCAUCGAAACCAUACUCACAAAGAUGCCAUUAAGAGAUGCUGUAAGAACAAGUAUAUUAUCUUCCAAAUGGAGAUACAAAUGGGCUACACUUACACACCUUGUGUUCAAUGAUAAAUGUGCAUCAGGGACCCCAGAUAGAUCACUUGCAAAGUUUAUAAGUCGAUUUCUUCUACUUCACCAUGGCCCUAUCAAUCGAUUUGUUCUAUCUACAGCUUAUUUACAAUCCUCCCCUGAUUUAGAUCAAUGGCUGCUUUUCUUAUCAAGAAAAGAUGUUAAAGAAUUGGUUCUUGAAUUAGGUGGCGAGUGGUUUAAAGCACCUACUUGUCUUUUUUCAUGUCAAAAGCUGGUUAAUUUGGAGCUUUUUAGAUGGGCUUUAAACCCUCCAUUAUCUUUUAAAGGCUUCCCAUAUUUGAAACACCUUAGCUUUCAACAAGUUCUUAUUGGUUCAGAAGCUCUUCAGAAUCUUAUCUCGGGUUGCAUUCUUCUUGAGACAUUGAAUUUAUCGUAUUAUGAUAGCUUAGAACUUACAAUUUGUUCACCAAAUCUAAAGUUUUUAAUCUUGGAAGGUGAAAUUAAAGACAUAUGUCUUGAGUAUGCUCCAAAAUUAGUUGCUAUAACUGUUUCCAUGUAUAUGACCGAUGAUUUAGCCCAACAUUUCGGUCAAAGUUCAGGUUGUAACUUUGACAGGUUUCUUGGAAACAUACCUUCUCUUCAAAGACUCAUUGGUAGAAGUUACUUUACAGAAUAUAUGAGUAUAGGUAACAACACCUUUGGAAAAACAGAGAUGAAGUAUGAUAAGCUUAAGUUCAUUGAGCUCUCUCAAGUAAGCUUUGAGCACAUGAAAGAAUUAAAAGUUGUUCUUCGAUUGAUUCUAAACUCUCCAAAUCUUGAAGAACUUCAAAUUGCAGGUUCAUCGAAUUCAUCAUCUGCAAGAGAAGCUCCGGAUUUGGAUUUUUGGGAGAAAGAAUGUGAGUUUGAUUGCAAAUUUGAACAUUUGAAGAUGGUGAAAAUGAUGGAUAUGUCUGGAGUUCCACAUGAAAUUGGAUUCAUAGGAUUUAUGCUUGGAAAUUCACCUGUUCUUGAGACUAUGAGCAUCACCCCAAGUGUGUAUAUGACUGAGGACAGAUUAAAUUUUUUGAUUGAGUUAACAAAGUUUAAACGAGCAUCACCAGAAGCUGAAAUGAUAUUUGUUCAAGAUUAGGGGUAAAUCUUGUCUAUUUAUAUGAAUUUCUCAAUCUCUUAUGACUUGUAUUUUCAUGUAACAAGUUCCAACCUUAGUUCUACUAUUUGAAAUUUUUUAAGGAUGUUACAUGUUUUCUGAUA